GCGGCGGGGCCGGGCAGGGUUCGUCGCCCGGCGGCCGCAGCGGGGAGCGAGGGGCGGGGAGUCGGCGGGGGCGCGGAGCUCUGUGGUGGGAACCCCGACUGCAGCACCGUCAGGAACAGCAUUCAAUAUGGCUUCUCCAGCUCUGCUCAUGCGUGUGGUUGCCUCUGCGUAUUCUGUUGCAGAAAAAGCUGCAACAAUUGUCCGAAGCGUAAUGGCUGCAGGAGAUCUGGGGAUAGUGGAGAAGACUGGGGCCAAUGACUUGCAGACCAAAGCUGACCGACUGGUACAAAUGAGCAUUUGUGCUUCCCUGGCACGGAAGUUUCCCAAGGUGACAAUCAUAGGAGAAGAAGAACUGCCCUCUGAUGAGGUAACUGAUGAAUUAAUUGAAGAUGGUCACUGUGAAGAAAUACUGAAGAAAACUUGUCCUGCUCAGUACACAGGAAUUAAAGAGGAAGAGCUCGUAAUAUGGGUUGAUCCCUUGGAUGGAACUAAGGAGUACACUGAAGGUCUCCUUGACCAUGUAACGGUUCUUAUUGGAAUUGCUUACAAAGGCAAAGCAAUAGCAGGAGUUAUUAACCAGCCAUAUUACAACUAUGAGGCAGGAGCUGGUGCUGUGUUGGGCAGGACAAUAUGGGGCAUCCUGGGCAUGGGUGCCUUUGGGUUUCAGCUCACAGAAGUACCAGCUGGAAAACACAUCAUUAUUACCACCCGUUCUCACAGCAAUACCCUGGUAAAUGACUGCAUCAGUGCCUUGAACCCAGACAGUGUCAUCAGAGUUGGAGGUGCCGGAAACAAGAUCAUUCAACUCAUAGAAGGCAAGGCAUCUGCUUAUGUAUUUGCUAGUCCUGGGUGUAAGAAAUGGGAUACGUGUGCACCUGAAGCUAUUCUGCAUGCUGUAGGAGGCAAGAUAACUGAUAUCCAUGGGAAUUCAUUUCAGUAUAGCAAGGAUGUGAAACACAUGAAUUCAGCUGGGGUCCUUGCUGCUUUGAGAAAUUAUGACUAUUAUGCCAGUCGUAUUCCUAACACUGUUAAACAAUCUCUUGUGCCUUAGAGCAGUAAAGCAUCUUCACUUGGCCUGGAAGGCUGAGAAAGCGAGCUUAGAGGAAAAGGAAGAUGAUAACUGAGCUUGAAAUUUUGUUUAUAAAAUCUGAAGCAAAUUCUUACAUUAAGGUGUUCAGUAAUUUCAAAAUUACACACAGAAUCCCUAGGAAUAUGUUAGAUCAGAUUGUUUCGCCAUGUCUAUCAGACAACUCCGAACAGUCACAUUUCUUUAACAGUUGUUUUUCAUGUUCUUUGGCAGUGUUUAUUCUUCAUGUGAUAUGAUUGUGCUAAUGGUAACACUACAGUCCAAGAUUAAUAUUGAGGGCACAAAAUCAAUUUAAGUAAUUUCCCUGAUCUUACUUGAUGAUUUUUGUUGUAUGUACUCAACAAAGGUUUAUUGUGUUAAAUACAAAUGGACUUAAUUUGC